UCGCUGGCGGGUCGCCUCACCCGUUCACUCCGUCCAUGACGAAACGGCAAGCGUCGCCCUCUCCACCGCCACCAGUCCACCUCCUCGUCCUCCUCCGGUCACGCACGCAGCUAGCUUACCCGCCCCGCCACUAUAAAAAUCCACCUCCACCCCACCGCGCGUCUACAGUUCCACACACGCGUGCACGGGCGGGCAAGCACCAGAAAGGAAAGGCGGAGGCCGCGCGGCGGGCGCCAGCUGCAGCCAAGAGCCCACUAGUAGUAGUAGUAGCUAGUUCACCACCGCCUGCUUGCCUCCUUUACUUUGCCAUAUUUGCUAGCGUUUCCUGGAUUGGGGACGCUUCCGUUUCGGGAAGCCGUGAAGGGAUCGGCCACGACGAUGGUGCGGGGGAAGACGGAGCUGAAGCGGAUAGAGAACGCGACGAGCCGGCAGGUGACCUUCUCGAAGCGCCGCAACGGGCUGCUCAAGAAGGCCUUCGAGCUCUCCGUGCUCUGCGAUGCUGAGGUCGGGCUCGUCGUCUUCUCCCCGCGCGGCAAGCUCUACGAGUUCGCCAGCGCCGCCAGCCUCCAGAAAACAAUUGACCGCUACAGGACAUACACAAGGGAAAAUGUCAAUAACAAGACUGUUCAACAAGAUAUACAGCAAGUCAAAGCAGAUGCCGUAAGCUUGGCAAGUAGACUCGAAGCCCUAGAAAAGACCAAACGAAUGUUUCUGGGUGAAAAUUUAGAAGAAUGCUCCAUUGAAGAACUGCAUAAUCUGGAGGUUAAACUGGCGAAGAGCCUUCACGUCAUCAGAGGGAAGAAGACACAACUGCUGGAGCAGCAGAUAUCCAAGCUGAAGGAGAAGGAGAGGACCCUGCUCCAAGACAACAAAGAGUUGCGGGAUAAGCGCAACCUCCAGUCUCCACCGGAGGCGCCACCGGACCUGAACCGCUGUGUCCCUCCUUGGCCGCGUAGCCUGCCGGCACCGAGCAAUGACAUGGACGUGGAGACGGAGCUGUACAUAGGAUUACCCGGCAGGGAGCGCUCCUCCAACCGGGACUCUGAUUGAACCACGGAUUUUCAGUUCGAUCGGCUAAAAGGAAUAAGCUCCCUGAAAUUAAAGCAUCGAAGGGCACACGUCAAUGGUUUUAUUUGCAACUUUUGUAUGCAAACUUGUACUUGAAAAGUAAAAAAAAUAAAAAUAAAUCUGUAGUAUGUGGAUGCAAGAAACGGCUGGUUAGCUAGCUGCAAGCCUUCUGGGGCCUGAAAAUGAAAUCCACCCAUGGAUACACCCAACCAA